AUGGAGAAUACAGAACUAGUAAAGCAAUAUAUUGAUGCGCUUGAUGUGUCAUUAGAUGAAAUAGAACCAAUCAUCAAAGAGAUCAGCUCAAAAUCUUUCGAAGAUAGAAUUAAUGAAACAUCAGAUGAACAUGAAAAGAUAAAGAUAUCAAACAGUUAUGCUUAUUUAUUGACGUCCUUGUCAUUCGCUUUUUUGAAAUCCAAAGGUAUUGAUACAACUAAUCAUCCAAUAAUGAAAGAUUUAGCAAGAGUCAAAUCUUAUAUGAAUAGAGCAAAAGAAGCAUUGAAUCCAUCAAAAGAAAAGAAAGUUGAUACAGGUGUUGCUAAACGUUUUAUAGAGGCAGCUUUGAAUAGUGGUACAGGUAAUUCAACAGUGGUUACAGGAACUCCAGAACCUGCAAUUAGCUCUGCAUCUUUCCAAGGUAAGCAUACAAAGUUUAAAGAUGAAAAUGAAAAGAGCGAUGAUGAAAGUGAUGAUAAAAAAGUUUCCAAAAAAGACGAAGCUUCAAUAAGGAAGAGUUCGAAAGAGAAAUUGGGAAAAAAAGAUAGUGGAAAGAAUAAAGUGAAGAAACCGAAGAAGGAGAAGAGUAAAUCUACUAAAUAA